CAUGGUCCUCCGGCGGCUCGUCUCGGUCCCUGAAAGUUCUCCGUCCUCUGGUUCGUCCCCGCAGUGAGUCCCGUUCCACCGUCAGUCCUCUGGACCGGCAGACUGCUUUCAGCCGGACAUGGCUGCGUCUCCGGUCAGCUGCACCGUCAAACCCGCCGUCUUCCUGCAGAUCGGAGACGUCAAGACGGACGCAUCUCGCUGUGGAGUGUGUGUGGUGGACGUCAGCCUGCCGUGUGGACGACCCGCCAAUAUUGAGGAGAUCUCCUUCCAGAACUGCUACACCUCCUCGGUGACGGUGCGCCUCCUCAGACGGGGGUCCGGUCCGGACUCCUCCCCCCGGUGGAGCACGGCGGUCAGGGAGCUGCAGCUGAUGGAGAACCCGCACACCGAGGGGGGCUCGCAGGACCAUGUCCACAUCCACCGGACCCAGAUGGAGGUGGAUCCGGACCGGGUGGUCCUGCUGAGACUGAUCCUGAGACAGCCGUCCUCUGCCUGGCUGUCCUUCAGCCUGGAGGACAUCAAGGUCUUCCCUCACCUGGACCCGGACCCGGAGAAGGAGCUUUCUGAUUGGCUGUCAGACCUGACCCUGGUGGAGCAGCACCCGGAUGUGGAGGGACUCCCGGACCCCCGGACCGUCUCCUCCAGCAUCCAGCAGAUGUGGGCUCUGACCGAGGUGAUGCAGAGCAGCCAGACCACCGCCUCCAUGGGCCGCUUCCACGUGGACGGACGCUACGAUGUCUCCCUGCUGAGUCUGGACUGAGAACCUGAGAACCUGAGAACCUGAGAACCACACCUCCUCCUCCUCCUCCUCCUCCUCCUCCUCCUCCUCCUCCUCUUCCUCCUCCUCCUCUUCCUCCUCCUCCUCUUCCUCCUCUCCUCCUCCUCCUGGCUGCAGUCUGCUCUGUGGACAGCAGGGGGCAGCAGUGCAGCAUGUUAGUGUUCUCUAUAGAUCCAUGAAGAGUUCUGUUGAGAACACGUUGCCUCCAGAACAUUAAGAAGCCAUUACACACACACACCCACACACACACACACCCACACACACACACACACACACACACACACACACACACACACACACACACACACGAAUAACGUCUCCAGAACCCCUGUCUUCCAGUGAAGUGUCCGGAGUUGUUCCUCAGGUGUGAGGAGGAGAACGGAGGUGAGUGAGGGCUCCCCCUGCAGGCCGCUCAGGGAGCAGCACUCCUCCGUUCUCUCCUCUGGUGUUCUGCGUUCUCUGUGUUCUCUGUGUUCUGCGGUCUGGAGAUGACUCGGCUGGUAAAUAAA